AUGGAGGGCGAAGACACCAAUACCAGCCAAGGUGACAAAGCUCCAGUGCUACUAUCCAACCUCAGCCUCCUCUCCUCAUCUGCGAAGGCUGCCAAAAAAUAUCGAGAAGAAAGCAGUGAUAGACGAACAGCUCUUGAUGAAGUAACGCCGGUCGGGAGAUUAGAUGGGCAAGAUAGCAGAGCAAGCCGGUCAGGGGAGGGAAUCGGAUCGAGCUACGAUGGAGUGGUAGAGACCGCCAUCCCUAUAAGACCCGAGGAUGCGUUUCAGCUGUCGUCAUCAGCGAAAGCAGCCAAAACCUCCAGAGAGGGGAAUAUUAGUAGACGGGAGGCGCUUGGCCGCCUAGAGGGUCGUCACCAGGGAGAAGGGACCGAUUUAGGAGCCAGUACAGGUCGUUCAAGUUACGAUGCAACUGCCCACACUGCCAUCACUAUAAAACCGACAGAUGCUUUCCAACUGUCGUCAUCAGCGAAGGCAGCGAAGAAAUCACGACAGGAACAGGCGGAACGACGCAGGGACCAGGAAGUGGAUGAGUAG